AUGGCGUAUAAAGUACCAAACCACAUUGACGGGACUCCAGCUCCGGCAGAGAAUGCCGCGGAUUAUCCCGUCUGGAAGGAACUGGAUGCGCUGGUCCUCCAAUGGAUUUACAGCACGUUAUCAGAUGACCUGCUCGUUCGCGUGUUGGACACGGAUAACACCGCGUAUGCCUCCUGGAAAAAGAUCGAAAAGAUUUUGCUUAGUAACAAAAAGGCGCGUGCCACGGCCUUGGAAACAAAAUUUGUCAACCUUACCCUAGACGCCUGCUCCUCUUUCGAUGAUUACUGCACCCGUCUUCAGGAAAUUGAAAAUCCACUAGCCGAUGUGGAACAACCGAUUUCAGAAUCUCGGUUGGUGUUACAGCUUGUUCGCGGCCUAUAG